CAUCGAUGGAGACUAAGAUAUUUGUAUGUGUAGGUCCAGGAAAAUAAGCAUAAUUUUUGCAGUGAAGUUUGUUCCCUUUUUGUUUUGCUCAGGAUAAAUAGAAGCACACCUUAGUUACAUUGCGCACACCUUAGUUUUUUUUCAGGGAAGGGAUGGAGUACAUCAGAACCCCAAAGGUUGAAAAUGUCCGUUUGCUGGAUGGAGUCUUAUUGAAGAAGGCAUCAGUUGGUUCACUGUAUCUAACAGCAACACACUUAAUCUUUGUGGAACAUAUGUCUGAAUCUCGGAAGGAAACCUGGGUACUUCAUAGUCAGAUAUGUGCAGUGGAAAAGCAACCAACAACUGCAACUGGGUGUCCACUCCUUAUUCGCUGCAAGAAUUUCCAGGUCAUCCAGUUUAUUAUUUCACAAGAAAGAGACUGCCAUGAUAUUUACAUUUCGUUAAUUCGUUUAUCACGUCCAGUAAAGUAUGAAGAACUAUAUUGCUUCUCAUUUAAUCCAAAGCAAGAAAAAGAUGAGAGAGCAAGAGGGUGGAAGCUGACAGAUCUCAAAGCUGAAUAUAAUCGGAUGGGACUUCCUAAUAGCUUUUGGCAAAUUUCUCGUGUUAAUAGAGAUUAUGGGGUUUGUGAUACAUAUCCUGCAGAAUUAUAUGUGCCAAAAUCAGCCUCUACACCAGUGAUAGUUGGCAGCUCUAAAUUCAGGAGUAGAGGACGCUUUCCUGUUCUUUGUUACUUCUGCCAGGAUAACAAUGCUGCUAUUUGUAGAAGCAGUCAGCCUCUAUCAGGUUUUAGUGCUCGGUGCCUUGAGGAUGAACAGAUGCUUCAGGCCAUCAGGAAGUCAAACCCAGGAAGUGAUUUCUUGUAUGUUGUUGAUACCCGGCCAAAGUUAAAUGCAAUGGCAAACCGAGCAGCAGGAAAAGGGUAUGAAAAUGAAGACAACUACUCCAACAUCAAGUUUCAUUUCAUAGGAAUAGAAAACAUCCAUGUGAUGAGAAACAGUCUACAAAAACUGCUGGAUGUCUGUGAGCUUCGAUCACCUUCAAUGAGUGACUUCCUAUGGGGCUUGGAGAAUUCAGGCUGGUUGAAGCACAUUAAAGCCAUCAUGGAUGCGGGUAUAUUUAUUGCAAAAGUUGUUGCUGAAGAGGCUGCCAGUGUACUAGUCCACUGCUCAGAUGGUUGGGACAGAACUGCCCAAGUUUGCUCCGUAGCAAGUCUGCUGCUUGAUCCAUUUUACCGAACCAUAAAGGGAUUCAUGGUUUUGAUUGAAAAAGACUGGGUUUCCUUUGGACACAAGUUUAACCACAGAUGCAGCCACUUGGAUGGUGAUCCCAGGGAGGUUUCACCAGUAAUUGAUCAGUUUUUUGACUGUGUCUGGCAGCUGAUGGAACAAUUUCCGUGUGCCUUUGAGUUCAAUGAAAGAUUUCUGGUGCAUAUUCAUCAUCAUGUCUACUCCUGCCAAUUUGGCAAUUUUAUUUGCAACAACAAUAAAGAGGGCAAAGAGCUGAGAAUUCAGGAGAAAACGCAUUCACUAUGGGCUCAUCUGUGGAAAAGUUGUGUAGAUUACAAAAAUCCCCUCUAUAGACAAAAUCAUAGUCAAACUCAAGGAGUCUUGAGGCCACAUACAGCUCCCUCUAAUUUCAGAUUUUGGAGGAGUAUGUACAACCGGUUUGAAAAAGGAAUGCAUCCUCGACAGUCUGUUACCGAGUUCUUGAUGGCUGUGAAGGAGGAAACCCAACAGCUGGAAGAGGAACUUGAAAUGUUAGAGGAGAAAUUAGAAAUUCAAGAUAAAUCCCAUCUGAAGAACAGAAGUGAGAAAAUCAAACCGUCUCACAAACUGGAAAUUUCUGUUUCUGAUCAACAUUUAGCCAAUACCCCUCAGGAUUAUAUUGACAAUGGCAGACCAUUCACUUCUUGUAGCCCUUCACAAGGACGUGAAGAUUCAGAAUCCAUGAUUCUAACACAUAACAUGAAGCAUUCUGAUACUGAUCUUUCUGCUAACAGUGACCAGGAAUCAGGUGUCGCUGACUUAAAUUGUAGAUCACCAAGUGGUGGAGACUUCCUGUCUAGUGAAGAAGGCAGCAAAAAUCUGUCAGAAUACCCUGAGAAAGUUGCCUUUGCUGUUGCCUGA